AGGGCAGCCUCAGUCCCUCCCGAGCCUCCGUGGAGACCGCACGUCUCUCUCGCGCCACCUAGUGCCGACAAAAAACAACAGUUGCAUUUUUUAUCAAUAAAAAACCGUGCUGUGUUUCACUUUUUGACUUAAAUUUGGAUUUUUAUCACCAUCCAAGCUGAACAAGCGGCCUUCAACCGGUGUCAUUAUUAGUCGGACAGUUUUACGAAUAUUAGGAUUCGAGAUGAGGUGUCUGUGAUCCAAGCCAGGCGUGAACGGCGCCACCAUGACCUCCGAGCGAGCCAUCCCUCACCUCCGGGACAUCUUCGGGCUCAACCAGCAGUACGAGACCAAGAGCUUCGACGACAAUGACGACAAAACGAAGAAGUCGAAGAAGAAAAAGGACGACUACCGCUCGUACGCCAACGGCGACGUGAAAACGCUCGAACGACACCUCAGCAUGAAGAAGACUAUUCGGAAAAAGAUCAUGCGUGACCUUCAGCAGGCGUUCGUGGAAGACCCUAACGAGUUUAAGGUGGAGAACACGAGCCCGGAAAAGCUGAAGGCAGAGCUGAGUGCCGAAGCUGUGAAGAUCGAGAAAAACGUGCGGAAGAACGACCCCACGUUCCUGGACAUGUUGAGGGGGGAGACGAGGGGCGAGGAGGCGCGCGAGGAGCAGCCCCCCGCCGAGAAGACCAGCUUCUGGCGGCGUCUGACCAUGAAGAACAAAAACAAGAGAUAAACCAACUGAAGCCGGGCACGCACGUUACUCCCCCACAUCCCCUGAAUGUUGGAUUCACGUGUUCUAUGUCAAUUGUAUAUGAAUAUUUAAAAUGUCUAUUGUACUGAAUAACUACAGUUUAUUGUGAGCUACACUUUGACUGAUUGUAAUGUAGCUGAUAGAUAUAAUUCCAAGCGGAUUUGCUUUGUAAAGUGCUCCCACAUGAAAGCAGGAUACCAACGGACUCUACAUUAAAUUGUUGUCUUCAUAUUUGUCUAUCAAAAACUAAACAUCAUUAACUACCUACCUACUUAUUAAUCAAGUCAAGAUAA